AUGGCUCAGAAUACAUCCCAGAGGGGAGUCGAAUAUUCCAGUACUACCGCCGAUUCCUCUUACACAAGAUCCGCCACGACGUACACCACCUUCAACGAGUGCUCUCCGUUAUUUGGUUACCCUGAGUGUGUUCCCGAGACUCAAGAAGUUCGCGAAGAUGAAGGUGAAGAUGAACGACUCAAGUGCGACAAUAAUAAAAUACCCGAUGGAGGGUUUGUGGCUUGGACACAGGUUCUGAGCGGACAUCUGGUUGUGUUCAAUGUAUGGGGCUAUAUUACCUCGUAUGGAUUCUUUCAGGAAUACUACGUCAAAACCCUAGGUGCUAGCCCGGCCAAUGCCUCCUGGAUCGGAGCGAUGCAGAUGUUCCUCGUCCACUUCCUGGCAACUUUCUCAGGACGGUCGAUGGACGCAGGAUAUCUGCGCCAAUGUAUAGCUCUUGGAUGUCUCUUUCAAGUUACCGGUGCUCUUGCAACUUCAUUUGGGACUCAGCUAUGGCACUUCUGGCUGGCCCAAGGCAUUCUCAGUGGAAUUGGUCAUGGCCUCGUCUUCAGUCCUAUGAUCUCACUAUAUGCAACCUACUUCUCCACCAAACGAGUGAUGGCUGUGUCACUGGCUUCUUGUGGUGCAGCCACUGGAGGAAUGGUUUUCCCCGUGGUUGCCUACAAGUGUUUCGAUACCAUUGGAUUUGCUUGGACGGUUCGAAUAAUGGCGGCUAUCAUACUCGCUAACAGCGCCGUCAUUGUCAAGUUCACCCGGUCAAGGAUUAUCCCGAGGAGUAUGCCUCCCUGGGUGGAUUUCAGUGCAUUCCGCGAGCGGUCUUACCUCCUCUUCUCAAUAGGAUCAUUCCUAAUCUUUGAGGGGAUCUAUUUUGCAUAUAUCUAUAUCCGACAAUAUGCUCAGGUCCAUACCGGUUUCACUCCGAGCGAUUCACUUCUCAUUUUGAUCAUCAUGAACGGGGUUGGUGUUCCAGCCCGUAUUGCAGCUGCAUUUGUGGCGGACCGCUGGAUAGGUGCAGUAAUGACCUGCAUUGCAGUCUCCAUCCCUUGCGGGAUUGCGAUCCUCGCUUGGAUUGCGGUUCACACCCACUAUGGCAUGUUCAUUUGGGCCACGAUAUAUGGACUACUAGUCAACUGUGUACAGAGCCAAUUGCCAGCUGCAAACGCGUAUUUUGGAUCAAAAGACCCAGAAAAGUCCGGAAGGCGUGUCGGGAUGAUCACCACGAUCAACAGCAUUCCGCUGCUGACAGGCCCUUACAUCGCAGGGAAGUUGAUCGAUCUGCGGGGAGGCGACUACUUGUACGCGCAACUAUUCGGUGGCCUUUGCAUUCUGACUGGAACAUUGUUUUUGCCCUUGACCAACCGAGUGCACAAAAUGGCACAUCGUGCCAGACCUCUUCAUUACCACAUUCCAUUAUUCCCUGGAUUCCAGCUGCUGGAUGUAGCAGGCCCGCUGGACAUUCUCAACAUCCGCACGCAGUACACAGACACCGCAGACAUUUCCCUGACCGUAUCAGCAGAGACCUUAGACCCAGUCUCGGUGAAACCGGUGCCGCCCCCUCACGCAAAGUGGCAUUUUGAUCUCCCCGAGUCUGACCUGCAGGCCUGUAACCAACACAUGGUGCCACAGCGCACCUUUGCAGAAGUGGUCUCUGCCCUGAAGGAGAACGACGCCAAUUGUGAUAUCAAGCCUAUUGAUGUGCUGAUUGUCCCUGGAGGUCUGGGGACGCGACUAGACCGGAUAUACGGGAAGUCUGACAAGGUCUCCAACACACAGCAAGUUCGGGAUUUCAUCACCGCUGUUGCACCCUAUAUCCGUCACAGUGUCAUUACUAUUUGUACGGGAAGCCACGUCCUCGCACAAACUGGCCUACUAGACAAUCGUCGGGCAACAACAAACUCCGCCCGCUUUGACGAUGUUAUUGAACAGACGCGCCAGGUGAACUGGCAGCGCGAUAGACGAUGGCUACGAGAUAUUGUACCAAUGGAUGUACCAACCGGGUCCUUGCAGCCAGGAACUGAGAUCUGGACCUCUGCUGGGAUUACUGCCGGUAUCGAUGUCAUGUUGGAGUAUAUAUCCGCCCAUUAUGGUGGCGUGGCGAUUGGAAUACAGACUGCUAAGCGAAUGGAAUAUCGCUGGGAGCGAGAGCGGGCAGCUUCUUACUUUUUGUGA